GUCACAAUGGCGUUCAAAGUCAACACUAAUGGACCAACAAGAAAUUUCAAGGAAAAACUCGAAAAACUCGAAAAAUGCUUGUACGGAAUGUGUGAAGUCAAAAAGAAAAUGUGUAUCUAAUUCUUCACAGCAAUGUGAAAGAUGCAUAGAAAAGAACUUGAUAUGUACCUAUCAUCCGCAUCAUAAAAAACGUGGUCCAAAGCCGAAUAAUGCUGCAAAAAAGCGGGUUCCAAAGUCAACACAUGACAUUGUGUCUUUUAUCGAAUCAGAUCCAUCUAAUAACUUCGGAUUAAGUGAAGAGAAUGAUAAAAAAUUUGUAAUACUUGAAAUUACGCAAGAAAUCGAACAUAAAUCUAAGAUGAAUGCACAAACUCAGCACUCCACCAUCAGUUCCAAUAAUACGACAACAAAUAUUGGAUACAACCACUGUAUGUAUUCUCCGACAGCUAAUGAAGUACCUGACACACGUGCACAAGCUCUUCAGCCCAAUAACUUUCGGGGAAAUUAUCCUACCUUCUAUACGCAGCAAACAUAUGAAUCAUAUGAUUUCCAAUUACCUUUACCUUUUACUAUUCCUUCAAAUCCAUAUAAUUCGAUGUACAAUCACGAUCCAACAGGUAGUAGUUAUAGUUUCCCGACACCCCAUGACCAAUGGAGCCCUAAAUAA